AUGAAAACUUUAUUUUACGUAUCAAUUUUUGUAGUUUUCAUUUGCAGUAUAUAUUCUAAUAAAAAUGAUAGAAUUCCAAGCUGUGACGUUAAAACACAAGAUCCUAAUGCUAUCACUUUAAUAUCAACAAUUGAUGGUAUGAUGGUUGCCGUAAAUACUUUUACUGGUGAUGAAAUCUGGAGAUACAAAGAUAAACCACUUUUAGAGACUCCAAAAAGAUUCAAUAAGAAUUUUUUGUUUCUUCCUAAUCCUCAAGAUGGUAAUUUAUUUGUUUAUACAGAAAAUAAGUUAAAAAGGCUACCCUUUACAAUACCACAAUUAGUUCAAACAUCACCAUGUAAAACAAAUGAUGGAAUAUUUUAUGCAGGUUCUAAAAAAGAUGUUUGGUUAAGUAUUCAUUUUGAACGUGGUUUACAAAGUGAGGAAAUAAGGAAUUCGCUAGAUGAAAAUAUUUGUCCUGUAAGUAAAAAUGAAUUAGUGUAUGUUGGAAGAAGUGAAUAUCAAUUAGUGAUGAAAAAUUCAACAAAUAAUGAUGUAUGGAAUGUAACAUAUUAUGAUUAUACUUCAUAUAUACCUAUAGAGGAUGAUGAUAAAUCAUCACUUAUUUACUUAUCAAAACCAGGAAAUGGUAAAAUUAUUUGUAUUGAUACAGAAACGAAAACAAUAUUAUGGGAAAAAAAUUUUUCAAGUGUUAUUAUAGAUACUUUUCAUUUAAAGAAAGAUGGUUUACAUUAUGCAGUAAAUAAAUUUGUUGGAUCGGAAACGCUUGAUGCAUUUAUAGAGACGUUGGUAUUUUUUUGA